AUGCCUUCCAAAAGUGACGUUGUUCUCAGCCAGGAUGCCCCUGCUCCUAGUCCCCUCAUGUCUCAGGGAAUCAUUUCAAAUGGAAUGAUCUACUGUUCGGGCAGUCUGGGACUGGACCCCAAAACGGGAAAAUUCGUCAGCGGCGAUGCGUCAGACAGAACAGUCCAAGCUCUCCGUAAUCUCGAUGGUGUCCUCAAGGCUGGUGGUAGUGACUUGAGCAAGGUUGUCAAGGUUACAAUCUUCAUUUCCAGCAUGGACCACUACCCCAAGGUUAACGAGGGUUAUGCAAAGAUUUUCACCAACGAUGUCAAGCCGGUAAGGACAUUGGAUCCCAGGGAAAGAUGA